GAAGGAGCAGACCAUGUCCAUAGCCUUGAAGCAGGUGUUCAACAAGGACAAGACCUUCCGGCCCAAGAGGAAAUUUGAACCUGGCACGCAGAGGUUCGAGCUCCACAAACGGGCUCAGGCCUCCCUCAACUCGGGCGUGGACCUGAAGGCGGCCGUGCAGCUGCCGAGCGGGGAGGACCAGAACGACUGGGUGGCGGUGCACGUGGUGGACUUCUUCAAUCGCAUCAACCUCAUCUACGGUACCAUCUGUGAGUUCUGCACCGAACGGACCUGCCCUGUGAUGUCAAGGGGCCCCAAAUACGAAUACCGGUGGCAGGAUGACCUCAAGUACAAGAAGCCGACUGCCCUGCCGGCCCCCCAGUACAUGAACCUUCUCAUGGAUUGGAUCGAGGUCCAGAUCAACAAUGAAGACAUCUUUCCAACGUGUGUGGGUAUUAAUUCCUGGCUGUUCUAUUAA